CACAGAGAUGCAAAUGGUGGGGUUAGCUUCAAUUAUUAUUCUUCUCACAGCUAAUGAAUUCAACUGAAUCGAGAGGAAAAAAUGGUUUCAAACUUUCUGCUGCAGCUAGAUCUCGCUACCUCACUUUCUCAGUAACGCGGAAAGAGAGAGGGGAAAAUUAGGGAGAGAACAAGAAGCGAAAAGGGAGAAAAAAAAGGAAGAAAAAAAAGGAAGAAAAGAAAUAGGCAAGAUCAGGGUGAGAAAUGUCACGCCGAUCUGGGGCUUGCCUGCGUUGUUGUCUGGUGAUUUUUGCUGUAGUUUCUGCGUUGGCUGUUUGUGGACCGGCUCUGUAUUGGAGAUUCAAGAAAGCUUUUCAAUUGGGAGAUUCCAAAAUCUCGUGUCCUCCUUGCAUCUGCGAUUGCCCGCCCCCAUUAUCCCUUUUGAAGAUUGCUCCUGGUCUGGCAAAUCUCUCCGUCACAGACUGUGGGAGUAAUGACCCAGAUCUCAAGCAUGAGAUGGAAAAGCAAUUUGUGGACCUUUUGACAGAGGAAUUGAAGCUUCAAGAAGCAGUUUCUGGUGAACAUACUCGGCAUAUGAACAUCACUUUAUUUGAGGCAAAAAGGGCAGCUUCUCAGUAUCAGAGGGAGGCUGAGAAAUGCAUUGCUGCAACAGAAACUUGUGAAGAGGCCCGAGAACGUGCCGAGGCAUUGAUGAUCAAGGAGAGAAAGCUAACAUCAUUGUGGGAGCGGCGAGCCCGCCAAAUGGGUUGGGAAGGGGAAUAAAUCUAUAACUCUUGCAGGCCAAUCUCUUAGCUCAACUAGUUGUCGAGUCAAUCUACCCACGAGAUCAAUAGAAGAAGGCAAGCAAAGUGCUUGGUUCGUCGAUUUCUCAAGGCAUAAUGUUCUCUCUUUUCCUCCAUUAAUUGUGUUGCACUGUUCCUGGAAACCUGUCAAAUUCUACAUCGUAAUUCAUACAUUACAAUGUUAUAGAUCCCACUCUUCUGCAUUUGCUAUAUAUAUAAGAUUAUCUUCUCCUCAA